CCCGCAUAUAGUUGUUCCGGCUCAUGUAAUUAACGUUGUAUACUCGACUCCUUUUUCGUCCUUUUAAUUUUAGAUCUGUAUUUUAUUUACUAUUUAGCGAUAAAAUAAAUAAUUUCAGGAGUCAAUUAAUUUACGGGGAGAGAGGAGAAACGAAGGGGAACAAAAAAAAGGGAUAUGGUAGGCGGACGCGGCGGAGUUGGCGGUGGUGGUAACAGAGCAGAGGCGGAUCGGUGGCUUGUUACAUCGGAAAAGCUUCUAGCGUCUAGUGAUCUUCAAGGAGCAAAGACAUUUGCGAUCCGCGCAUGCGAAGCUGAUCCGACCCGAGCAGAAGCAGCGGACUACAUCCUCGCAAUCUGCGACAUUCUUCUCGCCGGAGAGACUCGUUUAGGUGAUUCUAACUUGCCGGACUGGUACGCCGUUCUCCGACUCGGUCGAUUAGCUCAAAACCCUGAACACGUCGCGACUCAGUACCGUAGACUCGCUCUUCUCCUCAAUCCUUCCGUUAAUCGUCUCCCAUUCGCCGAUCGAGCGUUUAAAAUCGUCUCUGAUGCUUGGUUCGUGCUCUCUGAUCCGUCCAAGAAGUCAUUCUACGACCGAGAAUUGCAACUGAGUCAACUCGGUCAAUCUGGUUUCCAUCCUCAAACCCAAUCGCAUCAAAAUUUCCAGUGGAAUCCCACCGCCGUAUUUCCGCCACAGGCUGGGACCUCGACGGAUCCUAUGGCGACGAGCUUCUGGACUGCUUGCCCUUACUGUUUUGUUCUCUUUGAGUACCCUAAGGCUUACGAAGAAUGUACUUUGAAAUGUCAAGAAUGUAGAAGAGCGUUUCAAGCUGUGACGAUACCAAAACCUCCGGUAGAAGACGGGAAAGACGACAAAGACGUUUACUUUUGCUCAUGGGCUUUGUUUCCUUUAGGGUUUUCCGGUGAAUUUAAAACCCCGAGUUGGUCACCUAUUUCACCUCUAUUUGCCUGUCCUAUGCAAAAGGUGGAUGAUGAACCAAGGAAGAGAAAGGAACCGGGUCCUCCUAGGAUUUACUAUGAUGAUGAUGACAUAUAUGUUGCGAUUUCGGAUGAAGAUGAUGCUGGUGAUGAUGAUGAUUGGCAAGAUGUGGUACAAGGGAAUAAGAAGGCGAAUGCUGGGAAAGGGAAAGAAACAUCUGUGAGAAGUAACAAGAAACAUGGAGUUGAGACAGUCCAAAAUGUAGAAAGUAUCAGUAGUGCUAGCAAUCACGCGCUUUCGGAUGCUGCGGUUGGUUCCUCAUCCGGGGUUAUGUCUAAACCAGGGAGUUAUAUUACUAGAAAACGAAUGGGAACAGGAGCUAAGAACCUGGGGAGGUUGGAUUUAAAUGUGGAGUUUAGUAAUGAAGUGGAAGAGCCUGGUGUGGCUGGUGGGAGAAAUGAAGGCAAUGGGAUCGGAAGUAACAGGGAGGUAGAUCAUAUGGAAGGGAUUGGGUUCUUUGAGGGACUUGAUGAAUUCUUGAAUAGUUUGCCAAUACUUUCUGUUGUUGGAGAUGAUAAGAUCAAGGCUACUUAGUGAAGUAAGGCUUUUUCCUUCCUUGGUUUAGGUUGCGGUGUUCCGUUGUUGUAGGCCUUAGCUUUUAUGUUUCCUGUUGAUGUUUAACUGUAGUGGAAAUACUGGCAUUUUGAUUCCAUGGACUCCCUGUAGUUGGAAUCUGUUGAUGUUAUUUGGCCCAAAAUUCGGUUGUUUUCUUCCCUUUCUGGUAUAUAAGCUUCUGCUUCUGAGUUCUGAGUUGAGUAUGGCAUUAAGAUAUCUUUCUCGGUUUAGAUUAUAAAGCCUUAUUAGCCAAGUGCCUUUUUCAAAGUAAAGUGAGUUACUUAUUCUGCUCAGGUUUCUUUUGUUGCACAAGAAUUAUGUUCCUCCAACACAAGAGGCCAUAAUGCAAAAUAUAAGUGGUUAUACAUGUCGUAGUUUCUGCUUAUGUCUGUUUCUGUUCAUUCACUAGAGUAAUUUGUGUGUUGUUUGCUUUAUGGACCAACAAACGAAGAGGUAAACUGACAACACACACUGCUUGCUUCAUUCAUCCUUGAUGCUUUGUAAGGUAAGGAAAACAAGUAAUCUUUUUGUCAAGAAUUUCUUGCUUGGGUCUAAGGUAAAGACCUAAACGGCUUUGUAGUGAGUCUUUUUGUGUAGUCAUUGUAGCUAGGUAUUCUCACUUACCUGUAAUGAGAGUGCAGAAUCAAGAAGAUACAGAAGCUAUUCAAACGAUGCUUUGUGCACGUUAUCUGGCUUUUAUACCCUUCCAGUUUUCCUGCAGUGAAGAAGGUUCCAUUGUCUAUUCAUAAAAGCUUGUUCAGGCC